GCAGCUUCACGCUGGCCUCCCAGGAACUCCUUUGAUGAAACAAACAUGUGGAAACUCCUUGGAGCGCGGUCAUGACUGUACGGGGGAUGUGGGGAUAACUCCCGGCCGAGUUCCUGUAACGUGUGAGUCGUGUUGGUGAGGGGACAGGACAGACCCUGGAGCCUGAUCUCAUGUACGAACUCCUGAUUCAUUCAUCUGAUUAACCUAGCGGUGAAGUUUCAAGUCUGUAUGAACUGAACUGAUAAUGUGAAGUGACUACAGUGAGGAUCUUCUCCUGAGCAGGAACUCUAUAAAUCCCUGGUCUAUCCUGAGGUCGCUGAUCGUCUUGAGUUGGGAAACGCCACGAGAGCAUCACAUGACAUCAUGAGGGUCACAUGAUCCAGUCUUAACCAAAAACACGGUUCAUUUACAAGCUCCACACCAUGGUGUCGUAUAAGCGACUGACCCCGGAGGAGGUGAACUUCUCCGGCGUGCCGUUACUGCAGUCCCAUGACGAUUCUCAGGACGGUGAUCCGAAGCCGGAGGAUGCGGAGCGCCCUCUGCUGGCCCGCAGGCGUCAGUGCUCCGUCACGGCGGCCCUGGUGAUCCUGGGAGGCUUUGUCCUGGUGGUCCUCGGUGUCUGGUUACUGGGGGCUGUGCUCCGGGUGUGUACCACCUCCUCCAUAGGCGUCCAUCGUCCUCCGUCUCCCGUGGCUCCGCCCGGCAAGGGCAACCGGACAAAACCGGAAUCCUGCGCCGUCGUCCCGGAGUCAUGGAGGUUCGACUGCUACCCGGAGCGAGGUGUGGUGGUGACGGAGGAGAUGUGUCACGCCAGGAACUGCUGCUUCAUCCGCCCAGCCGAGGAGAAGAACGGCGUCCCGUGGUGCUAUUACCCGCCGGAGUUCCCGUCGUACGCGCUGGUGGGACUUAAUGAAACGGAAACGGGACUGAGCGGGACGCUGGUCCGCAAUCAGAAGACAUAUUAUCCUAAAGACAUCGAGACGCUGAGGCUGGACGUCCUGUACGAGUCCAACAGCAGACUGCGUGUGAAGAUCACAGAUCCCUCACAGCAAAGGUUCGAGGUUCCUAUAGACGUUCCUGGGGAGACACCGCGAGCGCAGAACCCCUUGUACACAGUCGAGUUCUCUAAACAACCUUUUGGGAUUGUAGUUAAGAGAACGCAGAAUGGAGCCGUGCUGUUAAACACCACCGUAGCUCCGCUCUUCUACGCAGAUCAGUUCCUGCAGAUGUCCACGUCCCUCACGUCGAGUUUCCUGUACGGUCUCGGGGAACAUCGCUCCAGCCUGAUGCACGACACGCGGUGGAGCACCUUUACCAUGUGGGCUCGGGACGCGGCGCCGGAGGAGCUGAUCAACCUGUACGGCGCUCAUCCGUUUUAUCUCCUCAUGGAGUCUGAUGGACUCGCACACGGCUCCUUCCUGCUCAACAGCAACGCUAUGGAUGUUGUUCUUCAGCCUGCUCCGGCGCUCACCUGGCGCACCAUCGGGGGGGUUCUGGACCUGUACGUGUUCCUCGGCCCGGAUCCUGGCUCAGUGGUGUCAGAGUACCUGGAGGUCGUAGGGAGGCCUGCGAUGCCGGUGUACUGGGCCCUGGGGUAUCACCUCUGUCGCUGGGGUUACGGCUCCAGUAACAAAACCUGGGACGUGGUGAGAGAAAUGAGGAAUUAUGGGAUACCGCAGGAGGUGCAGUGGAAUGAUAUCGACUACAUGGACCGAUCCCUGGACUUCACCUUUGACCCCGAGGGUUUCUCCACACUGCCUGACCUGGUCAGAGACCUGCACCUGCACAGCCAGCGCUACGUCCUCAUCCUGGACCCGGGCAUCAGCAGCGUGCAGCCCCCCGGCACCUACGCCCCGUAUGAGGAGGGAAUAAAGGGCGGAGUCUUCAUCAACACCUCCAGUGGAGAGACGCUCAUUGGGAAGGUCUGGCCCGGACUUACAGCGUUCCCGGACUUCUCCAACCCGGACACACACGAGUGGUGGUACCGGAACCUGCAGCAGCUCCACGGCCGGGUGUCGUUCGACGGCCUGUGGAUCGACAUGAACGAACCUUCCAACUUCUUCGACGGAUCUGCAGACGGCUGUCCAGACACCGAGCUGGAGAACCCGCCUUACACACCCUAUGUUCUGGGUGGCAGUCUGAGGGCCAAGACCGUGUGUGCGUCCGCGCGGCAGAGAAACUCCUCCCACUACAACCUGCACAACUUAUACGGGCUGAUGGAAGCCGAAGCUACUGCGAGUGCUCUCAGAAGGAUCCUGUCCAAGCGUCCCUUUGUGAUUUCGCGCUCCACGUUCCCGAGUCAGGGGAAGUACUCGGGUCACUGGCUGGGGGACAACAGGAGCCAGUGGAAGGAUUUAUACAUGUCCAUUUCAGGCAUGCUGACCUUUAACCUUCUGGGCGUUCCGCUGGUGGGAGCAGACAUCUGCGGGUUCUCCCAGAACACCACGGAGGAGCUGUGUGUGCGCUGGACUCAGCUCGGAGCGUUCUACCCCUUCACCAGGAACCACAACACGAAAGACUCGGUGCCUCAGGAUCCCACUGUGUUCAGUCGCGCUGCUCGGGAGGCGAUGAAGGAAGCCCUCCUCCUCCGUUACUCCCUCUUUCCUUUCCUCUAUACACUCUUUCACUACGCACACGUGUACGGACACACCGUCGCCAGGCCUCUGUUUUUCGAGUUCCCCACAGAUGGAAAGACGUAUGCGGUGGAUAAACAGUUCCUGUUGGGGAAGAGUGUGUUAGUGACGCCCGUGCUGGAGGUGGGGGUGGAGGAGGUGGUGGGGUACGUGCCCCAGGGGCUCUGGUACGACUUCUACACUGGUGACUCGUUCCUCAGUAAAGGUGAAGAGAUAAAGCUUCAUGCUCCUCUGGACAAAAUCAACCUACACCUCAGAGAAGGAUCCAUCAUUCCCACACAGAGACCCAACACCACCCUGUGGGUGAGCCGCACUCAGCCCCUGCACCUGGUGGUGUGUGUGAGUCAGGACGGUCAGGCUGAUGGAGAGCUCUUCUGGGACGACGGAGAAUCUCUGGACACUUACGAGAAGGACGAGUACGCCUACGUCCUGUUCAGUCUCAAACAGAACACGAUGACCUCUGAGGUGGUGCGCAGUCACGUGGAGGCCACGUACCUCACGGUGGAGACCGUCUCGUUUUACGGCGUGAGGGCGGAGCCUAAAAGCGUCACCGUGAAUACACAGGAAGUGCCGUUCAGCUACACCAAGCAGGUGUUGAGAGUAGACGAGUUGGGUCUGAACCUCGCGCAGAACUUCACCAUCAGCUGGAAGUGAUUGGAAAUGAGACACCCUAAAAAUGAAAGCGUGUAUGUUUUUAAGAAUCUAAUCUUCUGAAUGAUGAUCAGUUGUUGCGCCGUUAUUUCACUGAAGUACGAGGAAGUGGCGUCCUGCAGAAACGGCCCAAAGAAAACCUAAGAGUUUCAUUAUUUAAUUAUCGAUAAACAUAAUGAUAGAACAACAGACUUUAUUUUUUAAUUCUUGUUGAAAGGGAAUGAUUAUUACUCUGUGUGUGUGUGUGUGUGUGUGUGUGUGAGAUGGUCCUAGUGUUCAGGGAACGGGCGUGGUGCAAUACUCCCUCCCAGUAGCGGGUCUCUGUGUUGGAAACACACAAAGCAGGAGGAUGAUGGACAAAUGUGCAUUUCUGUCUCUCAGUUUUAAUCCAACAGUAAAACAAUCGUGAAUCAGGAUGGCAAGUGUGUGCGUGUGUGUGUGUGUGUGUGUGUGUAUGAGUGGGAGAGAGCUCAUGUAAGGGCAGAUAGCACAGCUCCUGUAAGUGAAAAGUGAUGACCGCGGUAAAAAAAGAGGAAAGGACGCGUAUAAGAGUCACAUGUAAAUCUGAGCCAAUCAGGAGGCAGUGGGCGGGGCUAUCGUCUUUCAUAAUCAUGCAGCUGCAUGUUUGUUUUCUUAGUCGUCUUAUUAAAGAUUAAUCUUUGCUGCUGAUAAUCUGACUGAUUAGAGUGAACCACUUUAUGAUAAAGAGUGUUUUAUUCAGAUGUACAGUGUGUUAGAGAGAUGCUCUGGACUGCACUGUGUAGUGACCACACACACACACACACACACACACACACAGGACCCCCUGCAUGUUUAAACCUCAGCACUGGACCACUCAUCUUAUUGCACCUUUACAUUUUCUCUAUAAUGAUCUGACAUGUCCUGGAGGAGGUGAUUGUACACAUGUACUGUACACGUCGCUCUACAUGGAUUUUUGUGUUGUUUAUAACAUUUCGUGCCUUAGAGCGCAUCAGAGCUGUGAUUUACGCUGCUGCUUCUUGAACCGUGAAUGUGUUGAACUCUGAAUGAAGCUGGGACCAGACGCCGCUGCUCCUCCUCCACUGGCCACGCCCCCUCCGCUGCUCCUCCUCCACCGGCCACGCCCUCGCCGCAGAUUCCACAGCUUUAAAGCUUUUCUUUUUUAGAAUUAAAUUUAAUUCUUCUCUGCAUUUGUUAUUUGUGUGCUUUUAACAAAGAUGUAAAAAUAAAGAUAUUCUCAGGUUUGAGCAAA